AUGCACCAAUGUUUUUCGCGUGACGUUUUUGACUUCGAUGAUAAUUGUAAACUUACGCGAACAGAGCGACUCUCGCUUAUCAUUUGUUUCACAUCAAUGGUAGUUGAUGAUUUCAGGUCCGACAAUGAGAAGUACAUUAACACAUACCUGUCAAGAAGCAGCUUGAAAAAGCGGGACAGUCACUUGGUCACAAUGGCCUCACUUAACGUUUUUGUUCACGCUCUAUUUGUUUUAUUGACUCAAGUGAGCUUGGCUGAAUAUAGCAAAGAUGAUAUACUCCCAGAUAAGUGUGAAAAUUUUUCCUCUGGUACCAAGUUCAUCAACAUAGGGGCCAUGUUUCCCCUCAACGGGAGCUGGGACGGGGGAGUGUCGUGUUUCCCGGCGGCUCAGUUGGCCUUGGCACACGUGAACUGUCAUCCCUCGAGGUCUCUGGUGGAUGGAUAUAAACUGAAGUUGCAAGUCACCAACACUUAUUGUGAACCUGGAAAGGGCGUGAAAGACUUGUAUGACUUUCUGUAUGAGUCAUCGCCUGACACGCCCUCGGCUAUACUGGGCCCUGGAUGUAGCUCCGUCUCAACUGCAGUGGCUGAGGCUGCCCAUUUAUGGAAUGUGCUGAUGGUGUCGUAUGGGUCUAGCAGUCCUGCGCUCUCUGACCGAGACAGGUUCCCCACCUUCUUCCGCACACACCCCUCCGCACUCAUCCACAACCCCACCCGCCUCAACCUCUUCUCUCAGUUCGGAUGGAAGAAGGCCUUUGUACUAGUCCAUUUACAGGAAGUGUUCACCACGACAGCGGAUGAUCUGACCCAACAGGGGAAAAAGCAUGGCAUCGCCGUGAAGAGGUCCACAUUCCAAACCAAUCCUAAGAAUGCAAUCGAAUCACUGAAGGCUCAAGAUGCACGAGUUAUUGUUGGACUUUUCUACGAAACAGUAGCGCGUCAGGUCUUCUGUGAAGCGUAUAAAGCAGGUCUGUAUGGGCCAAAAAUAGUCUGGUUCAUUCUGGGUUGGUUUCCUGACAACUGGUUUCACCCGCGGAAGAACGAACAUUUGAGUUGUACUUUGGAGCAAAUGCGUGCGGCUACCGAAGGGCACUUCACGACUGAGAUCAUGCAACUGGGAUCAGAGGAUUCUCCCACUUUCUCCGGAAUUAAACCUCUGCACUUCCAGUCGAAAUUGUUGGACAAAUUGGACAAGGCCGGAAAGAAUUCGGGAGGGUUUCCGGAGUCGCCUCUAGCAUACGACGCAGUUUGGGCUCUGGCCAUUGCGAUCAACAAAACUAUAGUUGAAUUGAAGAAUGAAGGAAAGAGCGUUGAGGAGGAGUUCAAAGCAAUCAGAGACGUGACUGUGUUGAGCAAAGAUGCGUUCUCGUUGUUGAAGAGGAAUUUAGACAGGACGAACUUCAUGGGAGUAUCGGGCAACGUGAGUUUCUUCGCGGGUGACAGAGUGUCGAGUGUGGCCAUAGAGUUCAUGAGCAAUGGUUCCUACUUGGACUAUGGCUCCCACACUGAGAACUAUGACGUCAGCAUGGUCCAGAAUGAUCACGACUUCUGGCCAUUCAGUGUCAAGUACCAGGCGCCGCGUGACCAGAUAGAGAUGAGAAGUGAGCUGGACAGAUUGAAGCCCCCUGUGCUCUUCACAUUCUCCAUCUUCGCUUUUCUUGGGAUGCUAAUCUCCAUAGCACUCCUCAUUUUCAACAACUCCAGUUUUAGAAAUGCCAGCAUCAUCUAUAACUCGCAGCCGGCGAUGAACAGCGUGAUGUUGCUUGGAUGUGUGGUCACUCUGUUCUGUGUGUUCCUCAAUGGUCUCACAGACGAACUGGACUCCUCCAUCAGAACUGACACUCUCUGCCAGGGUGUGUUGUGGUUGAUGUCUCUCGGAUUCACUCUGGGCUUCGGCGCCCUCUUUGCCAAAGUGUGGGCUCUGCACGUGGUUGCUGCUAAAAUGAAGCCAUCCAGGAUGAAGGCUCUGGCUAAGAGCAGGGCGUCUCAUGGGGGAUCUUCAAAUGGACUCACCAGCCCCACUUUGAUCAGGUCCAAAGCCAAAAUGACUCUGGCACAGAGGCCCGAAAUUCAAAAAAAGGCCAGUGUGAUGUCUGAAAGAGGAGACCCUCCCUCGGGCCAAUCUUCAGUGGGUGGAGCCUCCACCUUCGGAGGCCAUGAACUACCAAAAGAUGUUAAGGUCAGCUCCACACACAUGUACGCUUGUCUGUCUCUCCUCUUCCUGCUCGACCUCGCCUUCCUCUCUCUCUACUCAUACCUGGCGCCCCUCUCCCUCCAGAAUGAGUUCCUGCCCAUGCGCAAUGUCACAGCAGACGGCGAAGUGAGAGUGAGGCCAUACAUCAGACACUGCAGAUCCACUGACCACAACACCUGGACAGGACUGAACUUCGGCAUAAAGGGUUUCCUCCUUCUAUUGGGUGCUCUGUUUGCAUACGAUUCCCGAAAUGUCCACUUGGAUAAUAUGAAUGACUCGCGACAAGUUGCCAUGUCAGUCUAUAACAUUGUGACUUUAUUUUGGACCACAGUUCCAGUGACGAUGCUGAUCAAGGCUCACCAGGACGCCUCCUACAUCUUCUCAGCGCUCGCUACAAUUCUCUCAGUCUUCGUCACUCAAGGCUUCAUUUUUGGACCCAAACUCAGAGCCCUGAUUGACGGAAGCAGAAACCCAAAUGUAAUUGAAGAUGUGGCCAAGGAAUCGAGUGUGAAGCACUUGGCUGUUGCGGGUGUUGAGCGGAAUGGAAGUGGUAGUCUGCCAAUGAAGAGAGAGUCGACUAAGAGGAGAAAGGCGGCCAAUCGGAAGAGAGCGAAUGAACUGGAGUUGUACCAUGAUUUGAAUGAGGAAAAUGAACGGAUCAAGGAAGAAAUUGCUGAGCUUGAUGCUUACCUGAUCCGUCUGCGUGACAAGUACGAGGAGCUUUCGAAGGAGAGACUGGAGAACACAUUGAGGAAGAGAGUGCCACCUGGUCGAGUGCCAAUCGAAGACGUCGACUUCUUCACGGAGUUUCUCUACAUCGACGCGGAAGACGUCGACCAGAUGAACGUCACCGAACUGUGAUUGGACGUUUUUCGCUGAAGUGCAUGAUUCUAACAUACAGAAAGCAAAAGAAUGUUGACCGUAUACCAAAAAAAGCAUUGGAGCCAUAACAGUAGCAUAUGAUAGAUGUAAAGAUGGAAAAACUAAAAUCUGAUGUGGAAAUUUUUGAUAACUGGAAAGAAAAAAUGGGGUUGCGAUUUGUUGGAGCUCCUAUCUUAAUAAAUCAAGCUACGUGAUAUAAUUAAGAGUAAUGAACGCAGUGAGUACUCUUAUUUUGGUCUUGGUGGUUUUUUUAUUUUUUUUUUCAGGAAAUUGUUUUUAAUUGAUUUUUUCGCGGUUUGACUUGUGAUUUCUUUUUAAGUUCAGUGCAUUUUCGUCGUUAAAAGGAAGGCAAACGCCACUAUUGGACAGCAAAAGUGUAAAAGUCACGAAAAACGUAAUCGACUUCUUA